CGCACCCGACCACCGUCGGUCGCAGGCUAGGGCUCCGAGACUCGAGCUGCCCCUGUCGCUCGCGCGCCCCGCCGAAUAACUCGACGAGUAUAUGUAUACGCACACGCACGUACACAUGUAGCUUUGCUCGCGCAGACUCCUCGCUGCUUGGCACCUUUGCGCGUAUUGCUUCGCUCUGCGCCCGAUGGAGCUUCGUCGGGCUGGCAGCAAAAUGAACGAGGAUCGCGGCGAGCCAGCUGCGAAGAGACAACGGACCGUGAACGACGCGGCAGAUCUGCAGUGCGCCGUAAUAAACCAGAACAUCGCGAUCUUGGAGAUGUUGAAGGACAACGAGGUUUACUUGACGAUUGACCUGACGUGCACCGACGAAGACGGCAACACAGCGCUCCACUUGAUAUUCCACCAGCUAGAGGAGAGCCACGUCGUUCAGAUCCUGCAGAUAUUCUUCGAUCAUAGGGUAGACUUGAACAUCGGGAACAAAAAAAUGGAGACGCCGCUGCACCUGGCGGUCGCGAAGAGAAUGAGAAACGCGGUCGAGCUGUUGAUAAGACACGGCGCCGACGUAAACAAGUGCGACGACGGUGGCAACUCGAUCAGCCACUACUUCGUCGAGGACGAGUACAAGAAAUUCCUGGCGAUGUCGAGACUCGAGGAGGACUUCAGUCUGGGCCUGAAGAGGAGGGCCGCGACGGAGGCCGAGGGCGCGAGCUUCGUCGACUGGCUGAUCAGCAGGGGAUUCGACUUCGGCGCUCCGAACCUCUACGGCUGGACCGCGCUGCACAUGGCAAUCGAGCGCAAUCUGCAGCACAUUCUGCCGACGAUAGCGAGGCGAACCGAGGCGAUCGACUGCGUCGACGAGCAGGGCAGGAAUCUGCUCCACCUGUUCCUGCAGAUGAACCACAAGUACCGGAAGAGGGGAGUGUUCGGCGCGCCCGCGGUCGGCGUCUGGUCCACGGGCUUCAGCCGCGGCUACGCCGUCGAGAUCGUGGGCAUCCUGCUCGACGGGGGCGUGUCCGCGGACGCGGUCGACUCGGCCGGCGACACGCCGCUCCACCUGGCCGUGAGGAACAUGGAGGACAUGGAGGCGGUGGAGAGGCUGCUCGGGCGCUUCAGCGCCGUCCACCGGCGCAACGGCUUCGGCGACACGGUGUUCCACGAGGCGAUCCGCCACGCGUCCUCCAAGUUCUCGUCCAAGGUGAACUACUACCUGGAAAUCGCGCGCGCGCUGCUGGCCAAGGGUGCGGACGCGAACAGCCGCGACAGGUUCGGCGUGGCGCCGAUCUACUACACGGUGCUGGAGAAGAGGCUGCCCGCCAUCCAGCUGAUGAAGGAGUUCCGCGCGGACUUCGGCUACGUGACCAAGUCCGACCAGAACCUGCUGCACCUCCUGGCGUUCAAGCACGACAACGACAAGCGCUCGGACCGCUCCUGGGAGAGCAUGUGCGAGCUGCUGUUCAGCGAGGGCUGCCUCGAGCUGGACAGGCCGGACCGGUCCGGCCAGUCGCCGCUGCACCUGGCCAUCAGACACGGCAACCUGAUCGUGGCCAGGCGGCUGAUCGAGGGCGGCGCCGACGUGAACGCGCGCGACGCGGAGGGCGCGCGGCCCCUGGACCGCGUGGGCGCGGCCAGCCGACCCGGCGACGGCCACGCGGUGCUGCGCAUGCUGCUCGGCCACGGCGCCCACGCGAACGCGCGCGACAACCACGGGGGCACCGCGCUCUCGCACGCGCUCGCCAUCGGCAGCGCCGACAACGUGGCCGAGCUGCUGCGCCACGGCGCCGACGUCAACGAGCCCUUCUUCCUCGACCUGGUGGCGCUGCAGCCCGGGCCGCCCCACGACGACCGCGCGCUCGACCUCGUGCUGCGCCACUGCCUCAAGCUCAAGGCCGCCGGGCUGCCCUGCUCGCGCGAGUACGACGGCCUCGCCCGCCCGGACGAGCACCGGCGCGCCCACCAGGACUGCCUGCGCGAGGUGGAGGCGCUGCGGCGCACCCCCGUCGCGCCCGGCACCUCGCUGCUGCGCUGGCUGCGCAUGGGCCCGGCCGACAGGUGCGCCCACGCAGGCGCGCUCGCCGGCCUCGUCCGCUGCCGGCGGCUGCGGCGCCGCUUCCCCAACUACUGCGCGCUCGUCCUGGCCGGCUACCGCGAGGCCGUGGCCCGGGCGCCGAUCGCCGCGGCCGCGCGCCGCGCCUGGCGCGCCCUCGUCGGGCCCGCGCUGCCCGACGGCCUGGUGGAGCGCGUGCUCGCGCACCUGCACAACGCCGACCUGCUGAGCCUCGUCGACAGGGCAAGCGACGCGGGGGCGCUCGCGCGCGACAACCACCUGUCCUGUGCGAGACGCGACCGUCGAUUCGCCGAUCGAUAGCCUGCACGCGCCUGCCCGCCUCCCUUCGCUGCGCUCCUCGCCGGUGGCAACUAGCCUCCGACGUACGUAUG